AUGCAAAAGAAAGCAUCAAGCUCAGGUGACAAGAAUAGACUGAGGCAAACAGGUGGGAUAGCAGUUCAAUCUGGCCACUAUGUGAAGCUGACGUUUGGUUCAGCUGAAGUCAAGGUUGUCUUAGCUGUUCGUAACGGUCGGCUAGCUGUUAGCACGGCGAACGCCUGGCAGUUUGCUAGUUAUAUUGUGGAAGGACCGACCCCAACAACUACCACUCACCCAUCUACAGCCACCGUUCUGCAUUACUUUCGGUCCGGUGCGGAAUGGCCAGAAAUCAAUAAACUGUGCCAUUUUUCUUAUGUUAAUAUUGUUUUAGAGCUGCUAUAA